CACCUGCGUGUCUGCAUCCCAGAAAGGGCUAGGGCCUGGUUGCCGUUGGGGGAACAGGCAGGGGGUGUGUGAAAGGCUAGAGCCAAGCUUGCUCCAGAAGGGGCGGCAGAGUGAGGGGGAAGCCACGCAGCCGGGGUGGGGGUGGUUAGCAAAAACCGUCCCUAGCCAGGUAGCAGUGCAGCCCCCGCCGGGGAUCUGCCUUUCUCCUCCCGCGGCAGGAAGGGGAGGCGGAAGAAAGAGAAAGACGCUCCAGGCAGGCUGGGGGAGGGAGGAGCAGUCUCGAGGGGAGGCGGCAGACGCACAAGAUGGCCCCUGCUGCAAAGGCAGCAGUAGCAGCUGGUCGUGGGGCGGCGGCGGCCAGGCGGCCUCUGCUGCCGGUGCUGGAGGCAGUGGGUGCUGCGGCCAGCCCCGUGUCCCAGAGCUGAGAAAAGCUGCGCUGGAAGCCCAGCCGUGCGGAUGUGAUCAUUACAGAAAAUAUCUCGCUGCUGAGGGUGAGCAGGGAAUCAGCGGAGGGUCACCUCCAAGACUGCAGCUUCCACCCUGGCCCCUAUGCAGCUUGCCUGUGUGCAGCAAUGGUGGUGGUCCACACCCCCCGGCCCCCAUGAUGGCAUAAUGAUGCAGGUUAUGUUUCACACUCUGUGCUGGCUGUCUGUACUUACAGAAGAUAUUUAAAAACAAACAUUUUUGUCAAAGAUUUUGAUUCCAGUGGAAUCUGUGCUUUAGAUUUUGUCUUGUGAAUUAACUUCUGAAACAAUGCCUGUACAAGCUCCGCAAUGGACGGAUUUUCUCUCCUGCCCAAUUUGCACACAAACUUUUGACGAAACGAUCCGGAAGCCCAUCAGCUUGGGCUGCGGCCACACUGUCUGCAAGAUGUGCCUCAACAAGCUCCACCGUAAGGCAUGCCCCUUCGACCAGACCACUAUCAAUACGGAUAUUGAUCUCCUCCCUGUGAACUCAGCCUUGUUGCAGCUAGUGGGGGCUCAGGUUCCUGAGCAGCAGCCAAUUACUUUGUGCAGUGGAGCAGAAGACACCAAACAUUAUGAGGAGGCCAAGAAAUGUGUGGAAGAACUAGCAUUGUACCUCAAACCACUCAGCAGUGCGAGAGGUGUGGGUCUGAAUAGUACCACUCAGAGUGUGCUAAGUCGUCCCAUGCAGAGGAAGCUUGUAACUCUAGUUCACUGCCAGCUAGUAGAGGAAGAAGGACGGAUCAGGGCCAUGCGUGCAGCACGGUCACUGGGUGAAAGAACAGUCACAGAGCUCAUUCUUCAACAUCAAAAUCCCCAGCAACUCUCUUCCAACCUCUGGGCUGCAGUGAGGGCCAGGGGCUGCCAGUUCCUGGGGCCAGCAAUGCAAGAGGAAGCACUGAAGCUGGUUCUGCUGGCUCUGGAAGAUGGCUCUGCUUUGUCACGAAAGGUCUUGGUUCUCUUUGUGGUGCAGAGAUUGGAGCCACGGUUUCCUCAAGCUUCUAAAACCAGCAUUGGGCAUGUUGUCCAGCUUCUUUACAGAGCCUCCUGCUUCAAGGUGACUAAACGUGAUGAGGACUCCUCCCUGAUGCAGUUGAAGGAGGAGUUCCGUACCUAUGAAGCUCUGCGAAGGGAACAUGAUUCCCAGAUUGUGCAGAUUGCCAUGGAAGCAGGUUUACGCAUUGCACCGGAUCAGUGGUCCUCGCUGCUAUAUGGUGAUCAGUCCCACAAAUCCCACAUGCAGUCCAUCAUUGACAAGUUGCAGACCCCAGCCUCAUUUGCACAGAGUGUUCAAGAACUAACCAUUGCUCUCCAGAGGACUGGAGACCCAGCCAACCUGAACCGGCUUCGACCUCACCUAGAGCUCUUGGCAAAUAUUGACCCUAGUCCAGAUGCCCCACCUCCAACAUGGGAACAACUAGAAAAUGGAUUAGUUGCUGUGAGGACAGUAGUACAUGGACUAGUUGAUUACAUCCAGAAUCACAGCAAGAAAGGAACAGAUCAGCAGCAGCCUCCUCAGCACAGCAAGUAUAAGACAUACAUGUGUCGAGACAUGAAGCAGAGAGGAGGGUGUCCCCGUGGAGCCAGCUGCACCUUUGCACACUCACAGGAGGAAUUAGAAAAAUUUCGUAAAAUGAACAAACGCCUGGUUCCCAGAAGACCCCUGAGUGCCUCCUUGGGCCAGCUAAAUGAGGUGGGCCUGCCUUCAGCAGCUAUCCUCUCGGAUGAAGGGGCAGUGGACUUGCCCAGUAGAAAAUCCUCUGCCUUGUCGAAUGGGAUUGUGUCUACGGUCAGCACAGGGACGCAGCUUAUCUCCCGCGGGACCGACUCCGGCUUUGAUUCUGCUCUGAAGCCAGGGAAGAUCGACCACCUUAGCAGCAGUGCCCCUGGAUCCCCUCCUGACUUGCUGGAGUCUGUCCCCAAGAGCUCUAUUUCUGCCUUACCAGUGAACCCCCACCCUGUGCCCCCAAGAGGACCUACAGACCUGCUCACAACGUCCAAGCAACUCCAAAUUGUACCACGAGGGUCACAGUUGUAUCCUGCUCAACAAGGAAAUGUGUUUUAUCAGGAACCUAGAGGAUCUGCCCCACCAUUUGAGCCAUCACCUUAUCCACAAGGUGUGUACUAUCCUACUCCGUCCUCACAGUGCAUGUCUCGUUUUGUCCGACCUCCACCAUCUGCUCCUGAACCUGGUGGUCCUUACUUAGACCAUUACCCACCCUACCUUCAGGAUCGUCUGGUGAAUUCGCAGUACAGCACACAGCCACAGCAGUAUCCUCCCAUGGGACAACCUAUGUACCCACAUUAUGAGAGCCGGCGUGUGUACCCCUCUGCCCAACCAUACCAGCGGGAAGAGAUUGUCCGAGGAAGCCCCGUGCCCAUUGACAUUCCACGUGGAGCUGCACCUCCCUACGUACCUGAAUCCAGAGACAGAUACCAGCAAGUGGAGGGUUAUUAUCCCGUGGGUCCACAUCUCAAUCCGAUCAGACCAUACCACAGAGAGACUUAUAACCCACUUCCGCCUCCAUCUCAAACCCAUCCCAGCCUGGAUGAGCUUCAUCGCCGAAGGAAGGAAAUCAUGGCCCAGUUAGAAGAAAGGAAGGUGAUCUCCCCACCUCCUUUUGCACCGUCACCAACUUUGACUCACCCCUUCCACCCAGAGGAGAUUUUUGUUUUUGUACAGUACUCGGAUGAAGACCUGAAAGUAGCUGGGAAAUACAAAGGAAAUGAUUAUAGCCAGUACUCUCCUUGGUCGUGUGACACCAUUGGCUCCUACAUUGGAACCAAAGAUGCAAAACCCAAAGAUGUUGUGGCAGCAGGGAGUGUAGAGAUGGCGAACAUAGAUAGUAAAGGCAUGCGUGACCAGCGGUUGGACUUACAGAGAAGGGCAGCAGAAGCUGGGGACGAUGACCUCAUCCCAUUUGGAGACCGGCCAACUGUGUCAAGGUUUGGGGCCAUCUCGCGUACUUCCAAAACGAUGUACCAGAGUUCUGGCCCCAUGCAGGCCAUGGCGGUACAGGGAGCUUCCACCAAAUCUAUCAACAUUUCAGAUUACAGUCCAUAUGGAACUCAUGGCGGCUGGGGAGCUUCUGCAUAUUCACCCCACCAAAACAUACCUUCUCAGGGACGUUUCAGUGACAGGGAGAGAUUGUCCAUGUCAGAUGUGGCCAGUCACGGGAAACCCUUGCCGUCAGCUGAGAGGGAGCAGCAGCUCAGGCUGGAACUGCAGCAACUAAAUCAUCAGAUCAGCCAGCAGACACAAUUACGAGGACUGGAGGCUGUUAAUAACAGGCUGCUGUUGCAGAGGGAGGCGACCACCCUGGCAGGCCAGCCACAGCCACCACCUCAUAAAUGGCCUGCAAUGAUCUCAAGUGAACAGCUGAGUAUGGAACUGCACCAGGUGGAAAGGGAAAUCGGGAAGAGAACCCGUGAGCUGAGCAUGGAGACCCAAUCUUCACUGGACAUGAAAAGCAACCUAGGCACCAAUAAACAGACAGAAAAUGGACAGCUAGAACCACAAAGCAAGGUUCCAGCUGAGGACCUCACACUGACGUUCAGUGAUGUUCCAAAUGGAUCAGUCUUGACGCAAGAGAACAUCAGCCUCCUAUCAAACAAGACCACAUCUCUGAACCUGUCAGAGGACCCAGAGGGGGGAGGAGACCACCAGGACUCCCAGAGAACAGGAGUUGCACCCACCUCUUCUCCAUGAAGUGAGGAAAGCAUCCCUCCCAGAGUUUCUGUUGGGGAGGAGGAGUUGGUAGCUUCCAUCAUGCUUCCCUCUAAAGGUGGUCAGAGAAACACAGAAGCAGCAGCGCAGGAGGUCCGGAGGCAAUGUGCACAAACACCACUACUAGAAACAAACCCUGCACAUAGUUCACAUUAAUGCGUUUUUUAAUUAAAAAAAAAAUUAGCAGUAUCUGCAAGCAAUUCAGAUUAAAUUUGUUUUUGUUCUGUGAAUGAACUUUAUUUUAAUAACUUCGGACGCCUUGGAUACAGGGCUUUAAAAAAAAGAUAUUAUAUAUAUAUACUCUGUUUGAUUAAUUGUAUGAUCUUAAUGAAGUAGGUUUUUUCUUUUACUUUGGUAUUAUUACAUACCCAGUGUAUAAUUCCUUACCACCUCCACUCCCUUUCACCUGAGAACAACAUUGGCCGCUUCCUUGUAUGACUAUAAAGGUGAAUGAGGGACAUAGGAUGGAGGGAGGCUAUGAAUUAGUGUCAGAAAACAUGCAGCAAACAUCAGUAGGUUUUUAAAAUGAAUUUCUUGUAAGCAGGAGUUCUCCAACGCCUACACUACCUUUCUACUUAUACCCAUUGGCUUUUAGCCACAGUUGAUGCAAUCGUUUCAGCUCAGUGAAAGCACUCCAUAAGAUCCAUCCCACUGCAGCAUGUAUCCCCAAGGCUAUUAUUUAAGCAGUAGCAAAAAGAAUCUGGUGUAUGUACAUUACAUUUAUUUAACUAGGAACUGAUAUGACAUUGUAUUUUGUGGUUGGGAUUAGAGUUCAGCAAAGGACAGAGGGCCUCAACUAGUUGAGACCUGUAUGUUUCAGACUUCCGGAAGAGAUUGAAGAAAUUAGUUGUCCAGCUCCUGAGCUGCUUGGCCAGCCAGCAAUUGGCACUGAGCAACACGACAGAGGCACCAAAAAGUUUCCAUCCCUUGCAAUAGGAAGGUAAAAAGAGAGCAAGAACACAGAUUUUAAGGAAGGAAAAUAACUGAAAACUAGCUUGCAAAGAUUCUUUUUUUCAUUAGCCUCUAUUUAGAAAGAUGGAAGUUUCCUUUGUUAGGGCAUACGAAGAUAGUCUUUUAUAAAGGGUCUUUUUUGUAGCCCAGCCUCUUCCAAUCAUGAUAGCAUCUAGGGUUGCUUCAGAAAGGGCAUUGACUACCUGUUAUGCACCUGAUCCAAAGCCCCCUGGAGUCAGUCAGUGAAGAAACUUCCCUUGACUUCUGUGAGCUUUGGAACAGGCCUUCCAUUUGUCCUUUUUAAAAAAACUAUUUCAAUUAUAGCUUUUUUGCCUUUACUGAUCAUUACUGAGCUCCUUGUGUCUUCUGCUUUUAUAAUCUGCCACCUCUGGCCUGCAAUUUAUUUAUUUGUGGUGUCAGUGAAGGCUUCUCAUGGGAAGAGGAAGAGAACUUUUGUUUACAUGCACAAAACUUGGCAAUUAGCAAAAGUAGAGGAGGGCAAGUGUAGAAGUAAUAGUAAUGCUUGGUAAGAUCCAGGCAUACCAGAAUUGGACAGGAAAGACUGGAAAUUCAGCUGCUGCUCUUUAGCCUUGUCUGUCAUUGCUGCAUGGAAUCCUUUCAGAAGCCAGCAUUUCUUCUCUGUAGGAGAAAAGUUGCAUCC